AUGGAAUUAGAAGAAGAAACUAUCUUUACUGUUAUGGAUCUUUGUAAAUUUGGAGUUAAACAAGAAAUACAAGCACAGUAUGGAUAUGGUGAACGUGUCAGGAAAGAAAGAUCUCAGAUUUCAUUCCACUGCAAAUAUCCAAAAUGUCCUGCACAUUUUAAUGUUGCAAUCUUGGAUCAAAAUAAAUACAAACUAAUCAAAAUAGUUGAAGAACAUGAUCAUUCCGCCCCAAAUGACAAAAGUCAAUAUUCGUCUGUCUUUUAUCGCAAAUAUUUAGAACAUUACUUCCAAACAGAUGACAAUCAAAGAGCGAUAGCACAGCUAAAUGCAUUCAAAGAUCUUGAAAUUCCUCUUACAGGUCCGUCCAUUCCAGAGAUGUACGCUCAAAAACCACGUGCAAUCAAACGAUUUGCAGAGAGAAUACAUGCUCUUCAAACUAGAUAUUCUCCUGACGAUGUUG